UUUUGCAAACUAGGCUGAAAAUAUGAAAGUAAAAAUGAAGUUCACCUCCAGUCUGUCCAUAUGGCUUUAGUUACUGCUUGGUUUACAUGCAAAACCAAAACUCUCAUCUAAAACUCAUCCACCAAAGCUCAGACUCCAGCUCUGGGGUUAGUAACAUCACAGGGCUUUUCCAGCUGCAGCUAGCUAAGAGGAGUGAAUGCAAUAGCCUUCCCCUUCCUUUUUCGUAAUCCUGUUCAGAUCAGUCAUGUGAUCUGCAAGAAUGUGGUAUACACUCAAAAUGGGAACGUUUCUCCAGCUGUCCAACCUUGCAAAUGGAGGCUUUCCAGAACAGUUGUGCCACAGCCAGAUGAGUGAUUCAAAAGUUAAAGUGGCCCUGAACCCUACAUUGAAAUAUUUGAACAACCCAGGCAAAGGGGAAUGCGUUUCAGAUACAAAUGUGAGGGAAGAUCGGCAGGCAGCAUUCCAGGAGAACACAGUACAGACAACAAUAAGACGUUCCCUUCUAUACAGAUUCUGAACUAUUUUGGAAAAGUCAAGAUAAGGACUACAUUGGUAACAAAGAAUGAACCCUACAAGCCCCACCCUCAUGAUCUAGUUGGCAAAGACUGCAGAGACGGUUACUACGAAGCAGAGUUUGGGCCAGAACGGCGAGUCCUGUCUUUUCAGAAUUUGGGCAUUCAGUGUGUGAAGAAGAAGGAUCUGAAGGAAUCAAUUUCUUCACGAAUCUCAAAGAAGAUCAAUCCUUUUAAUGUGCCUGAAGAACAGUUGCACAACAUCGACGAGUAUGAUCUCAAUGUCGUCCGCCUCUGCUUCCAAGCUUUCCUCCCCGAUGAACAUGGCAAUUACACAUUAGCUCUUCCGCCUUUGAUUUCAAACCCAAUCUAUGACAACAGAGCUCCCAACACAGCAGAACUGAGAAUUUGUCGUGUGAAUAAGAACUGUGGAAGUGUAAAAGGAGGAGAUGAAAUAUUUUUGCUGUGUGACAAGGUUCAAAAAGAUGAUAUAGAAGUCAGAUUUGUCUUGGACAACUGGGAGGCAAAAGGUUCCUUCUCGCAGGCUGACGUUCAUCGUCAAGUUGCCAUUGUGUUCAGAACACCACCAUUUUUCAAAGACAUCACUGAGCCUGUUACAGUAAAGAUGCAGUUGCGAAGACCUUCAGACCAGGAAGUCAGUGAGCCAAUGGAUUUCAGAUAUUUACCAGAUGAAAAGGAUCCAUAUGGUAACAAAGCAAAAAGGCAAAGAUCAACAUUGGCUUGGCAAAAGCUCAUACAGGACUCUGGAUCAAAUGCUUCGGAGAGGUCCAAAGUAGCUCCAUUCUCGUCUGUCACUUCUGAAGGGAAGCUGAUUAAGAAAGAACCAAGUAUGUUCGUACCUGCACUGAUGAUGCCAGCACCAGGAACUCUGGCCAACACUAGUCAAAUUUACUCUGUCUGCAAUCAGAUGCCACAUCAGCCUGCGCAGGUAGGGCCAGGGAAGCAAGACACGCUGUCCCCAUGCUGGCAGCCUCUGUAUACCCCCUCUUCAGCUGGCAACCUGGUGAGUGCACACCCGCAGAGCAGCUUUGCCGCAGAGGUGCCUCAUGCCAGUGCUCAGGGCAGCGGCGCGCUCCCGGCUUUCCACGAAACCCCCCUGAACUGGGCUGACGAGAAGGAUCCAAGCUUCUACAGGAGUUUCGGCAACACGAACGGCAUAGGGGCGGUGGCGCCGGCAGACAUGCAGAAUGUUUCUAGCAGCAGCCUUGUGCACCAGGCUCACCCCACCAGUGUCACCACAGCGAGCAUUGUCAGCAUGGAGACUGAUGACAUGAACUGCAGCAGUAUAAACUUUGAAAAGUAUAAUCAGGUGCUACAUGCAAGCAAUCACAGGCAGCAGCUCCAUCAGGUGCCACCAGCUUGUACACCUGUAGCAGCUCCUGGCACCACACCUUUCACUUCACAGUCUAAUUUAGCUGAUCCAGCAGCUUACAGUUUUUUAGACCAAGAAGUUUUGAGUGAAUCAAGACUAUCCACCAACCCUCUCCAGAAUCAUCAAAAUAGCAUUGCAGAGAACCAGUACUAUGACACAGAUGGUGUCCACAGUGACGAGCUCUAUUCAUCUUUCCAAUUUGAUAGCAUAUUACCAAGCUAUAACCCUUGAGCCAGCGAUGGCAGGCUGGAAGCAGGUACUAGAGCUUUUCAAAGGGCUAGCUGUGUGAAGAAGAGUAGCUUUUCCUUCUGGAUUGCCUGCUUUCUCUCUCAGAAUGUUACUAUGCAAGUUUCACGAUAUAACUUAAGGUUAUAUAGUAUAGCCCUAAGACUGGUGCCCCUUAAGAAGAGAGGUGGGAAUAGGGUUUAGAGUUUUGUACCUUUAAAGUACCUCAUACGCAUUUUUACACUGUUGGAAAAAGGAACUUCUUUUAACACUUAAAGCUUCCGUAGUUUGGGGGAUCUAAACUGUAAAAGCUGGUAUCUUCAUGGUAUCUUCAG